AUGAAGAACACGGUCCUGGCAGUUUUCUUUUACUCAUGCCUGAUACUCUUCGCGGAAGUGCCUUCUAGUGCGAGCUUUCUGAUUGAUGACGCGAGAAACUCCACACUAAAAUCGAGGAUAGUCCUGCCAACGCAUUAUGUGAAAGAGAUUAGGCCUCCAUCGAAGCAGGGUAUGCCGGUGAUAGUGGACUUCAAUAUCCUCGUGGCUGAUAUCAAUUCGAUAAAUGUGGAGGAUAUGGACUUCCGAGUGGACAUGUUCGUUCGUCAAAGUUGGAUCGAAUCUCGACUCGAUAUGCCAGACGAUAUUUUCGAGGAGGGUGACGAUUACGUCACGUUACCUCCUGAAUUCUUCGACAGUUUAUGGCAGCCGGAUCCUUACUUUCUGAAUGCAAAAGUUUCUGAAAUUGCGGCGUUAAAUCACAAAUUCUCUUCAGUAACCUUGUACAGAAACAAAACAGUGAAAUAUUCUGCAAGGAUGCAUGCAAUUAUCGCCUGUCAAAUGGAAUUUCAACUCUACCCGAUGGACAUUCAGAUAUGCCCUAUCUACGUAGAGAGUUUUUCCUAUCACAAACAGAAGUUACGCUUGAGAUGGGGAGCUGGUGGCGUCACAGUGAACCCAGAACUGAAACUUCUGCAAUAUGACAUCGGGAAACCGAUGGUCGCUGAGGAGAGCGUCGAUUACAUGCUUGAGAAAAGUGGAAAUUUCUCAAGGCUAGUGGUCUUUUUCCGAUUCGAGAGGCAAAUUGGUCAUCACCUGAUACAAACAUUUGCACCAUCCACGUUGGUGGUGAUGUUAUCUUGGUUUAGCUUCUGGUUAGGAUUAGAUGCUAUUCCUGGUCGAGUAGCACUUUUAGUAACCAGCAUGCUCACUUUGGUUACCAUGUUUACUGGUCUAAAAAGUGACAUUCCUCCAGUUGCUUAUGUAAAAGCACUGGAUGUUUGGAUGGCAGGUUGCAUGAUGUUUGUGUUCGCUGCUCUCGGUGAAUUCGUUGUGGUUAAAGUGCUCGACUUGCGAUAUCAGUUGGAGUACGAUCUACAGACCUCGAUAAUGUCGAGACAUUACUCAACACGGAUAAUUGCCAUGGAAAAAGGCCAAAGCAUCUGGGACUAUGACUCAACGUAUGUACCAAAAGCAAGAAAUAAAAGAGCAGGUAGCAAACACCUUCUGCAAAACGCCUGGCUGGAUCCUGAAUACCCAAUGAUACGUAUAUACAAGACAAGAUCGCAGAAAAUCGAUACUUAUAGCAGAAUAGGUUUCCCCAUAUUGUUUAUGUUGUUUAUCAUUUUAUAUUGGCCGAUACUUUUGCUCAAGAAAGCGAUGUGA